CUUCUAAUUCUACGCCGUCUAGUUCUAUUCUCACCUUACGCCCGGAUUUGAGUGCCACAGAUAUCCCUGAUUGUUUGGGAUCAGAUAUUCUACAAUGCACGCGACUCGAUGUCAAUGUUCCACUGAUAAGAAACUCCGCUAAAAUGACGUUUCCCAACGGAGCCACGCUUGAGAAGCAAUCUACGGCGGAGGGAAUGGAAGACACUUUCAUUUUUAAAGGACCCCAAGACAUUUCAUCCACCAUAUAUAUUGACUCUGAAGGAGCAAUUUCUGGCACGCUUCACGAUUCUUCAGGUCGCGUUUACAAAGUUCAGGUUUGUGGAGCGGAUUGCCAUGUUUGGAUCGAGUUGGACACGAACAAGUUCCAAGAUGGUCCUCUCCCACAAGAGCACCACAUAUCCGAGGCCUCUUUUCAAGAACUCGCAUUGGACAGGGAUACGGGCCUAGGCUCCGAACGAGUGGCUAUGCUCGUGAAAAAAGGUUCAGAGGAUCGAACUACCAUUGUUAAUCUGUCUGUCAAGAUCUAUUACACUUUUGAAGUCGAGGAGACCACCACUAAUUUGGAAGGUUUCCUUCAAGACGUGAUCUCCGAGACUAACUUGGGUUACGUAAACAGUCAGAUUCCAUUGAGAAUAUUUUUGCAUUGUACCGAGAGAUAUUUCCAUCCGGAACAAACCGAUGCGGUCAGCAUGCUUUUUGAUUUCCGACGUUACAGAGCAACGAGCAAAGAAGUCUUGGGUGGGGCUGAUGUGGCAAUCUUAAUUGGUUUAUCAUUCAACAGUUGUGGAUUCGCAUUUUCUAAUAACAUCGUUGACCCGUUUGCUAUUGUGAGGAAAUCAUGUGCCCAAGGAUACUUUUCGGUUGGGCAUGAAGUGGCGCAUAUAUUUGGGGCCCAACACAAUCAAGAAGUGACCGACCGAGGGUAUUUCCCCUAUGGCUUUGGCUAUCUAGUGGGGGGAAACACGGACGCCCGAACAAUCUUGUCGUAUUCAGCUCCAGGCCACUCCCGUCGGAUCAAUUACUAUUCCAAUAGAAAUCCAGAGGUUACAUUUAACGGACAAUUGGUCGGAAAUGCCACUAGAGAUAAUGCUCGAGUUCUGCUGGAGAGGAGAUUCCUAAUGGAAGCCCUGGGAACCGAGUCGGAGCCUUGUGUUGGUGAACCGCCUGUGAUUGAUGGUAGGUGGUCACUUUGGUCCCCUUGGUCCCAAUGCAAUGAAGGUGGGCAGAGAGUCCGUGUCAGAAAGUGCAACUUUCCACGACCGGCCAACGGUGGACAAGAUUGUUCGGAAGAAAAUUAUAUCGAAGAAAAGAAACCAUGUGAAUGUGAAAAUAUUGGUCCAGAUGAUCAGUGCGAUAAGGCCACUUCCUUAUGCAGUGAUAGCCAGAGGCUCAUACCUGGGUAUUGCCGCAAGUCUUGCGAGCUUUGCGGUCCCAAAGUUUGCAAAAACCUUCGCCUUGAUUGUGACCGUUUAGCCGAAGCCGAUUUCUGUUACAAAUCAGAAAACCUAAUGGCCUAUUGGUGUCCCUUGUCAUGUGGGGCGUGUUUAGCAGGCCAAUGGGGCGAAUGGGAAAAUAGGUCGACCUGCAACCCCGAUUCUGGUAUUCAAUUCCAAGACCGCAAUUGCCAAGGAAGCGCUUGCCCAGGAAGUUCCACGCGAAAAGUCGACUGUCCAGUCAAUGGAGCCUGGUCGGAUUGGUCGGAAUCGGGUUCUUGCAAUGAAAUGAGUGGCACCCGACCUCUGACCAGGACUUGUUCCGACCCAUCACCUAAAAAUGGAGGUGUGCCUUGUGAAGGCAAAACCACCAGAACUGAGGAUUGUGCAGUGGAUGGGAGUUGGUCGGCUUGGGAGUCUUGGGGAAGCUGUAGCAAUGGCGAGAGGCUCACGACGAGAACGUGUAGCUCACCUUCCCCACUAAAUGGAGGGAAUCUCUGCUCUGGCAAUAGGACUAAGAAAGAAGGCUGUGGAACGAUAGUCCUCAACAACUGGAACAGUUGGUCCUUUUGGUCAGAAUGCCGGAAUGGAGAGCAAAUGAGGAGACGAUCCUGCAAUGUGGCAUCUUGUGAGGGGCCGGCAACUGAACUGUCGAGGUGCCAUCUUGAGAACGACGAGAACUGCUUCGAUAUCCAAACGGAAGAGUAUUGCCGUGACGUUUUAUCCCGUGAUAAUUGUGAAAACAAGAACAUAGCGGCGCUUUGUUGGAAAACGUGCAAAUCUUGCAGCGUUUGUAGAGACAAUUGGGAUCAAAAUAAUUGCAACAUGUUUGUUAGUAUUUGUAGAAACACUGACUACCAACACUUCAUGGCGUUUCUUUGUCGGCGCACUUGUGGGUUUUGCUCUAAAUAAUACGCUUCAAGCUUGCUCUUGAAGUCUUCAUCAAAAUAUACAAUUAGGCGGUGAUGGGUCGAAUGUAUUCUAUUACAGCAUAAAUUUGUAGUGGACAGUACACGUGAUUCGAAGAAAUAAAGUACGAUCAUGCAA